UAGCGCCGUCGCGCCAACACGAAGAAGAGGUUUCACUAAAGUUAAACCAACGCCACAUUAUGGCACGAUUAUUAUCCUCUCACGUCGUAUUUCAUUUUCUGUGUAUAAUUAUUAUGCUCUUAAAUGACGGAACUAUCUGUAAUGUUGUGUUUCAGCCUGCGUUUAUUCUGGCAUCUGGUCCGAGAAUAUCAUCCUUUCUGGUGGGAAACUUGUCUGGCAUUUCCUUCAGCCUCAGUGCUGUUUCAUCCUCAAAUGCAACAGGAAGCAUCCCGUCAUCAUCCUGUAGGCCGGUUUCUCAAACACAGUGGAAUCUUUCAAAUGAAUUAAUUGGGAAGAAUGCCAUGCUGGUGCGACUGAGUCUCAACCGCAGUCUGCAGCUGUGUGGGAAUGAAACAUCUGUCCCGGACUGCUGCCUGGAGCCUCUGUGUCUCCCGGAGACUCUCCUCGUGUCUGCAUGUGUGGAUGAAACUCCCAAAGCCUCACUCAUCAUACAGACCCAGAUUUAUGCCCAGAUCGUCCCCAACAAACCCCCGUCUGAAAAUAAAACCGUCAUUCCCAACCAAGUGUUUGAGCCUCUCGGCCGCUGCCCAUGUGAUGUUUCCCCAGGCGAGUGUGACAUACGCUGCUGUUGUGACCAGGACUGUACUCAAGAAGUUCUGGGGUUGUUUGCGACUCAGUGUCUUCCUGGACGUUUCGGGGGAAGUUUCAGUCCUGUUCCAGAGUAUCAGUGCUCAGCUCAGUCUUCUGAAAAUGACCCUGAUUGGUUCCCCUUCCUCUGUGUCGCCUCCCCCUCGGACAACAACCCCUUUCUGGGACUUUUCUACAAUGGUGGGACCGUCUCUCCAAAGCCCAGUCCAUCAUUCCAAGCCCUGCAGAUGACAGCUCCUGUACCUCCCAUUAACUACCGUCAGGGGGAUCCAAUAUUCACUAAGGAUGACCAAUACUUCACCAUCCCACAGUUGUCUUGUGAGCAGAACUCUGGACUGGGCCAGUGUGCGGAAAAUGCUCCAGUGGCGUUUUUGGAAAACUUUGAGUCUCAGUGCGUGAGGAGGCUGCAGUCCUGUCCACCACAUUCUGAUGACCUGAGAGUGGAUAUUAAAGAUGGAUGGGGAGGUAUCGUCACAGUCAGUGUUGUGGAUGAAAUGGCCGAUGACCUCAGAUUAUUUCUGGCUAAUUCUCGUGAGCCUAUAUCUGUGUCACAACAGUGUGGUAAUGUUGUUGUGGCCUUGCGUUACACUCUUUACUGGAGAGAGAACGGCCUCACUGCCAUUACUGUGACACGGACCACUGCGAACAUCACUGUACCUGUAUCUUUGACCAGAAGAUACUCUGCAGUGUUUGUGAAUGGAAAUGAAACAUCUCAGUCGAAUUCUGGCAAUCCAGGUUACCAGGUGAAGAGGCCAGUGAUCGGUGGUAUUUUGGACUCUGAUACAGAAGAUAUACAGAGGGCCCAGAUCAAUCUCUGGCAACCAGGUGGAGAUGGCAUGUGCUCCUCUGCUGAACUGAGACCAGCUCUGUUUGGGAUCAACUCCACAUCAGGCUGUAUGAUUCCUGCGAGUUUGCUGAAUAUGACGCAGUGCAGUCAGUUGAGAGAAACAGUGCGUGGUGCCCUUGCUGGAUUAGUGCCUGCUACGCUCGUCUCCACAACAGGAAAACCAAACUUUACCAACCUAUCAGACUGGGUCAACAUUACUACUUCAGUGCAGAACUCCAGUCAGCCAGCAGAGAGCAGCACUGGAGAGUGCUCAGCUGUUCCCACCCACCUCCACAUCCACGUGUGGAGCGGCAUCAUGGGAAGUGUGCAGGGUGUGCCUCAGACGUUCAUCCAGGCAGUGGAGAUUAGUUUCAUAGAAACAACAUGGAGGAUAGAGUGUGGUAUGGGCAGGGUGAACCCAUGUUCAAACCCAGAGCUAAUGCAAAAUUUCCCUGUGACCUCGUCUGUGACCUUUACUGACAAUCCUCUUAUUACACAACCCCCUAGAUCCAGGUUCAGUAUUAACUUCACCGAGUUUGACUGUGACAGGAACGAUGUGUGCUGGCCCGAGCUGGCCUUCCCUCUCACGAGAUACUAUACUGGUGAGCCAUAUUCCCAGGCUCUGGCUAAAGGUCUCGUUCUAGUGUUCUUCUUCAUUGCUGCGUCUGUUUUAGGAACACCAUGGAGACAAAUCAGACAGGCAUGGAAUAGUGCUUCAUUAUGAAAGAAAGCAAGAGAAAAUUAUCUAUCAAAUAGAAUUUGAUAUGCAAUGGUAAAUAGCUGUAAAGAUAUUAUUUAUUUUCCUUUUCUGGU